AUGAAGUUUAGCAGAUCUGUAUUUGCGCUGCUCGCUGUCUUAGUGUCGGCUAAUGCUGACGUCAAGGCUAAGGAUGAUGUAAAUGUCGAAGUUGAGAAGCCACCAAAUGGCAUGUCCUGGGAAGAAUGGCAUAUGGACCAUGAACACGAGCUUAAGAAAUAUACGCCUGAGCAGUUUUUUGCUCUUCAUGAUGUUAAGAAGAAGGGUUACUGGGAUGAGAACGAUAUUCUGGGUCUAUAUGGUCUUAACCGUGACGAAGUUAUUGGUGCAGGUGACGGUAUGGGAGAGCAUGAUAAUUCUGAAAAGAUAGAUGAGACCACCGCUAAGAAUGUGGUCAAGUUCAUAAUGAAGUUACUUGAUGUUAAUGAUGACACUAGGAUUCUGAGAGAUGAAUACCUGGAAUUUGCUAGGAGGGGUAAGAAGCUUCCUGAUUUGGGUGUUGGUGUGGGUCAUCAUUCAGAUUUCGAACGUGAAUACGAAAUCCAUCACUGGAAUAAGUACCACAAGGAUAAGGAUGUAAAUGUCAAGAAUGUCCAUAAGGAAGAUAUUGAGCAUGAACUAUUACACCAUGAGCACGAUAUUGAACACCAGGAAAAGAUACAAAGAGGUGCUGCUAGGGGAACUGUUAUUACUGAUGAUCAAUUGGAAGCUAGAAUUGAAUUGAAAAAUAUCCCAUCUAGAUUCAAGAACGGUUACUUUUAA